AACAUGUGUUUCCGCUCCGCGCGAUUCGAGAGAUUGAGGGUUAUAGUGGUUUUUGUGCAGGUGGAAAAUAAUAUUUAAACAACAUUUAAAACAUCAUUAUAAAAUCAUGUCAAGUGAUCACGAUGGAGAAAGCAGUGAUGAAAUGGAAGUCCUCGAAGCUAACGAUAGUGACAACGAUGCAGACUCUGGUAACAUUGAAACAAAGGCUUACAUUCCGGGAGGAGAUCACACGAGUGGAGAAGAACUUGUUAGGGACGAAUCUGCCUAUCACAUGUACCACCAGGCACAAACAGGUGAUCCUUGUUUGAGUUUUGAUGUGAUACGCGAUCAUCUAGGAGAUGAGCGAUCAACUUAUCCUCACACGGCCUACCUUGCCGCAGGUACACAAGCUGAAAAGUCUCAUUUGAAUAACGUGAUUGUUAUGAAGAUGUGUAAUCUGCAUAAGAACUCUAAGGAUUCAUCAUCAGAUAGCGAGAGUGAGGAGGAUGAAGAUGAGGAGGAGAUGCCAGAACUGAAGACUGAUGCGAUCAGUAUAUCGGGAUCAGUUAACAGACUGAGGGUUACUAAAAUAGCAGACAAAGAGAUUGCAGCAUGUUGGUGUGAAACUGGCAGAGUUCACAUAUUUGACCUUAGCCCAUCAUUGAAAAGUUUAGAGGUCACAGGUCAAAGGCAACCAUCAAAAUCGAAUCCUUUACAUACUUUUGCAGGCCAUCAGAUUGAAGGUUAUGCUAUAGAUUGGUCUAGACUGGUACCAGGUCGUCUUGCAUCUGGAGAUUGUAAGAAAAAUAUACAUGUCUGGAAAUUACAAGAUGGUGGUAGUUGGCACAUUGAUCAACGACCUUUUACAGGUCACACAGACUCAGUGGAAGACAUCCAGUGGUCUCCAAAUGAAUCUAAUGUCUUUGCCUCAUGUUCUGUUGAUAGCAGUAUUCGUAUUUGGGAUAUCCGUGCCGUUCCCAGUCAAGCAUGUAUGCUGUCUAAAGACGCCCACAGUAGUGAUGUAAACGUCAUCAGUUGGAAUAGAAAGGAUCCAUUCAUUUUAUCUGGGGGUGAUGACGGUGUUAUCAGUGUGUGGGAUCUAAGACAAUUUAAGACUUCCCCUUAUCCUGUGGCAAAAUUUAAACAUCAUACAGGUCCCAUUACAUCUGUGGAAUGGCAUCCAACAGACUCUACGGUAUUCGCAGCAUCAGGUGCAGAUGAUCAAUUGACAUUAUGGGAUCUUGCAGUAGAGAGGAACCAGGAAGCAGACUCUGCAUCUGCAGAACUUGCUGCCAUUCCACCGCAGCUCUUAUUUAUUCACCAAGGGCAGAAGGACAUUAAGGAGCUCCACUGGCACCCGCAAAUUGCUGGAGUGAUUAUUAGCACAGCACUCAGCGGAUUUAAUAUAUUCAGGACCAUCAGUGUAUGACGUGUGUGACCCCAUGACACCUGUGUGACACCUGUGAAUGGCACUGAUAAAAAAUACUCAACACCAGUAACUGGAAUUUUCCACCAAAGUUCUGAAAAUCUCUUUAAUAUUCAAACCAAACACAUUUGGACAUCAAACAGGUUUUUGAAUAAGACUGACAACUAUUAGGUAAUGUUUUAAAGAUAUUUUUUUUAAGACGAUAGACAGAUCUACGAGGAAAAAUAACCUAGGCAGAGCCAAGACACACUCCCAAGGUACUGAAGUACCAUAUGGUACAUAAAAAGUCUACUAUUGUUGGUUAAAAAAUCAAGCCAAUAAUUAAAAUAAUAAAAGUAGAUUUAUAUAUAAAAUUCCUUCAAUUCCUAGAAAUAUUAAAAAUAGCAGUUCAUAUCUGUUAUGAAAUUUUAAAAAAUGCCAGAAAAUUUAUAUUAAUGUACUAUAUCUUGUACAUAGUUAAAAUUUCUGCAGUCUAUUUUAAAUAUGGUUGUUGCCCAUGUUCACUUUGUGUAUAAGAUGACCGCUGAGUGAAGAUUUUUGGAUGAUUGUUGUAUGUUGGGUGUAUGAAGACGAGCCCCUCCUUUAACCAUUGGAAUUCAUACAUUUUACUGGUCUUGAUGCUGCCAAAUGCAGGGUUAAUCUUCCAAAUAAUACCAUUUUAUGGGAUUUUAAAUGUCCAUCAAAAUCACAUUUCAAAUUGCGUUCGUUCAUAGGCCUAAAUUUGUGGGUUACUGAAGAUUUUAGGCACAGUCAACUUAGGGAAGUUUAACUGUAUAUAUUUUAUAUAAUUUAUACAGUAAUAAUAUAUACAGUAUGAUGAUGACAGACAAGAAUGAAAGGACCACUAGCUUUGAUCUUCUUUCAGUCAGUUUUAAAAAGUUUAACACUUGGCUUUUGCCCUUAGAAUAAAAAGUACAAUAUACCAGACAUUUAGGCCUACUGUACUACCCACAUUUUGUUAAAUAUUCUCAUCACAUUUUUAUCUUUUUCGGCAUUACUCAAUCAAUUCCAAAUUGAUUUACAAAGCUUUUUAGUCGUUUAAAUACGUAUAAAUAAACAGUUGUUUUUUAAAGGUGAGUUUACUGCAAUGAUUUACUCUUAAUUUAAAGUAAUUUAAAGUAGUUGCAGAUCGAAUGUCAUAUGGUAAACUAUUCUAUAGCACUGCCACUCGAUAGCUAUAGUAAGACUUCUUUUUUCAGUACUAAUCAAGUGGUUCGAGAAAAACUUGUGUUGUUGAAAUAGGUGGAGGCGGCACUCAUCUUCCUCCUCUUUCACUUGUAUGUCUCCAAUGUUGUUUAUAUUUUCCACUGGCCUGUUAUUUGUUGUACAAGUGAAUUCAUUCUCUGGCACUACCCAUUUUUAAAAGAAAUAUUUCAUGUUGUAUCGAUUAAUAGGUAGUUCAUUAAUGCUUCUUUGGUUCGAUGAUUCUUUCUUUUAAAGUGUAUAGUGGAAGAUGCAGUUCCAUUUCCAUUUGUUCAGUGUCUGAACCUUAAUUGCAAUCUCUUUCAUGUAUGUCCCUAAUAAGUUACCCCUGUGUUAAGAAUGUUGACCUCUACUAGCUCGUUCAACAUAUCUUGUAUUUUAUUCUGUUUUUCCAAGAUCCACAAUAUUUCUCGGCAGAUUGCAAGAUUUCAUUUCAUUUCUUUUUUCAUUUCAUUUCAUUCAUCUAGCAACAUGACAGUGCAUAAAUUAGCUGAAUUGUGUGAUAUUUACAGUACCAUUGGCGAAUAUUAAAAUAUUAAAACACUAGGAUAUACUGUAGUUACAAACAAUGCUAUGACAAUGCUUACAAAAAAUUUGAUAAAAAUAAUUAAAAUAAUGAUAAAAUAACAUAGGCCUAAAAGAUAAUUAUUUUUCUAAUAUGCUUUUUUGGCAGUCGCAAUUUUGUUCGUUACUUUGUUUCGUAGGGGACGCCAAUGGAUAUCAUUGUUUAAAAAGGCUUUCUGACGUUUCUUAAUACUUUUAUUUCUGGUGUGAUCCACGCCUUAUCUAGGGAAUGCAACAAUAGCAGAUCUGAUUGGAAAAUGUAGAUAAAUGGCUUCAACAGUGGUCGAAUAAAAAGCGCUUAUUUUUUCUUGUGUACUUUUAGCAUGCACACCUCAUCCCAAGUGUGGUGAGUAAUCCACCUACCAAACUCAUACAUUGUGCUUAAAUAUUGGUCUAUAUUUGCAGUUCCUAACACUACCAACUUGACUAGUUCACCAAUAGGGGAAUUUUUUUUUUUUUUUUUUUUUUUAAUUAUUCAUCCACAUAUCUAGGUAUCCAUGUAAUACCACGGAGUAACAUAGCAUAACAUAAAUUACAAUGUCAGCCAUUUCCAACCUAAAUAAUCUAUUAUACAUUCCGUUACAUUUUUCUUCUAAAAGAGUGCGCCAGUUAUGCCAACAUACUUUAAAUUCGUUUUUCUUACAAUUGGUAUCAAACAUAUACCUUUCCAUUUUAUAGAAAUGUUUUAUCUCAGUUAAUGCAUUCUUGAAGAUAGGCAUACAAUUUUUAAACCUGCAUUUAUAAAUAUGGAAUUUUAAAACCAUUAAUAUGUUAUUAAAAACAUAAUCUCUUUCUUCAAAAUUUCCCAAAAGGACCAGUUUUUUACUCAGCACUAAAUUUACUUUAAGGAAUCAUUUACUCAAGUCUGGAAACUGUUCCAGUAGAGAUUAAUAAUAUCACAGUAACAAAAUAUUAUAUGUAUAAUCGACUCGUCAAAUUUCUUACAAAACAUGCAAUGAGAAUUGUCACCUUUACCCAUUUUAACCAAUAGAGUAUUUGUACAUAGAAUUGUGUUUAAAAUUUGAAAUUGAAACCAACGAAACUUAAUUUCUUGGGUUGAUUUCCAAUUAUAUUCACAUAUCUUGUACCAUUACGAUCUUGUGAUUUGCAGGUUUAAAGUGUCGUUCCACUUUUGAAUACAUUUGAAAUGUACAGUAUUGGAGUAUAUAAAAGUGUUGUAAAUUUGUUUAGAGUACAACCUUUUUUUUCCUUAUUUAAUACUUUCAGUUUUUUUGAUACGUGUAGCAGCUGUUAUAAGACCUUGAUGCCAAACAGAAUCAAAGGCUUUUCUAAAAUCAAUAAAAGCCAAGUAUGUUUUUUUCCUUCUUCUGGUCUUGUAGCAAUAAUACUUUUUAGGACAAAAAUUUGAUCCUCACAUCGUCUAUCCUUUCUAAAGCCGCCUUGGACUUUAGUAAGUGUCACACGGCCUCUAUGAACCCGUCUGACAAAAGGUCCGAACAUGUACUUACAGGAGACACAAAGAAUUAUCAAAUAAAUAAUUAUCAAAUACUUAAAUAUUUUACAUUAUAACCACUACCUUGCGAACGUUAGGUCAACGUUACAUAUACGUUUGCAUACCAACCGUUGUUUGACGAACCUAAAAUGAACGUUCACCAAACGUUAUUUAUACGUUUGUAUUUUAAUAGUUUGCAUUUCAACAUAAUCAUAACGUUAUCUAAACGUUUUAAAAGUAACGGUAACCAUAAAUCAACCUUUGCAACCAAAAGUCAACGUUAAAUAUCUUGUUCGGGUUCUAUGAACCCGUCUAACAAAAGGUCCGAACAUGUAUUUACAGGAGACACAAAGAAUCAUCAAACAAAUAAUUAUCAAAUACUGGUACUUACAUUUACAUUAUAACUGUGCUACCUUGCAAACGUUAGGUCAACGUUACAUCAGAAUAAAUAUUUUUGAUCAAGUUAAUUACAAAUGAAUUAAAUAUCUUUUGACAGAUGGCUUAUCUUAUGAUCAUUAAUUUUUUUUCACAAUUAUGUAAUAUCAAUAUGCUUUCUAUAUUAUAUGUAUUUCAAUAAUAAGUUCACUUUUAUUCACUCCGUUAUUAGCUGGUAGAGUUCACCAUUCAAAUUCAAAAUAAUGCAUUUCACUUCCGUACGUUUUCUGCACCGUGAGGUAACUCGCAUAUACGGUCUCAACUUCAACUUCUCGUUAAUUUUGUUACGUAUCUCGCGUUAACAAAGUUUAACUCAAUAAUAA